UAUGACAGCAGCUGUGGAUGAAUGCUGGGGAGGCUACUACUGCCCUAGUGGUAUAGAUGUCCCUAAUCCCGCUGACCUCUUGUGCCCAAGAGGCAUGCACUGCCCCAAUGGCAGUGAAAUAUAUAAGGAAUGCUCCCCUGGUUUCUAUGCCAACCAGACAGGUGCUGCCAUCUGUGAGACAUGUCCUGAUGGCUAUUAUUGUCUUCCUGUUCAGCCUGAGAAUGCAACUCUCAAUGUCCAGCCAUGUCCUCAAGGCUAUUUCUGCCCAACAGGUACUGCACUAGACUGGCAUGCAUGUCCCCAGGGCACAUACAGUGACCAGGAAGGAUUGUACAGCACUGCACAAUGCAAGCCCUGCCCUGGUGGGAAAUACUGUGCCUCUGAACACCUCAGUGCACCUACAGCUGACUGUUCAGCAGGUUAUUACUGUACAUCUGGUGUUGAUCGUCCAAACCCUAGCACAGGCAAUGACACUUUUAAUGACAC